GAUAAUGCUUGUGUACUUGUGUGGGAAGGGGAGGACCAACGACUCCUUUUGGAAGAUGAAAUCCAGGGGAAGAAAGUAAGGCCAGAGCCUUUCAUGGCUUCCAUCGUCUGCCCUCCGCCAUGUAACUCUUCGUCCCCUUCGCCGUCGUCAUCGGUGCAUUCUCCAGCGCGGGGGAGCCAACGUGCUUCCCGAACCCAGACGACGACAUCAUUUGGAGGCGACAAUGAGAAGGGCGCCAAAUCGAACACGUCUGUUCGAGCCCGUCUCAGCCAAUUCUGUAAAGAUGGGCGGCUGGAAGCUGCCAACCAUCUAUUCGAUAGUAUAACGAAGCCACACACGGUCCUAUGGAACACCAUGAUCGUGGGUUUCAUCUGCAACGGGUUCCCCGAUGAGGGGCUGCGGUUCUACCGCCGGAUGAAGCAGAACUCCGGCAGGAAACCUGACGUCUAUACGUAUUCUUCAGCCCUGAAGGCCUGUUCUGAUUUACGGGAUCUAAGGGCUGGAAAAGCAAUACACUGUCACGUAAUUCGCAGUCGUUUGAAGCCCACCACGAUUCUUUGCAAUUCAUUACUCAAUUUGUAUGCCCAUUGUUUGAGCUACUCUUUUGUAUACCAGUCGUUUGUUGAAUUUCUUCACGGAAAUGAGAGGUUUACAGAAAACGGUGUUGUGGGCAGUCCUCAAAUCAACGCUGAUGUGCUUGAGGAGAAACGCGUCGGCCUUAAUGGGCUGGUUGAAUCGACCUGUGCAGUUACUGGUAAUGUUCAUCAGCAGCUUGAUAAAAUAUCCCAGGGAGAAAGAUCUAAUCUUCUUACUGGCGCAGAAACAAGCUAUGGAUCUGUUGGUGUGGACCAAUGGGUACGUGGUCGAACAGAGGAAAGUCUAGCGAGAAAAAUGAGAGAAAACAUGGUUGACCAAACGCUUGGUGGGAUACCAAGGGCGGAUUUGGCGGAGAUUGGAAACGUAUCCCCGAAAGUUACGAGACGAAGUGUUGUCAAUCUGCUGUUUGACAGAAUGCCGAGGAGAAACGUCGUAUCAUGGAAUAUAAUGAUCUCUUGGUAUUUUCGAACUGGUCGACCGUUUGAAGCAGUGAAACACUUCAUGCUCAUGCUUGAGCGUGGAGUCAGGGGAACGGUCCUUAGCUUCGUCAAUGUGUUUCCAGCCGUUGCACAGCUGUGUGAGCAGCAAGCAUCAGCUGCUUUUCAUGGUUUGCUUCUAAAAUCUGGGCCAUCUUAUGCCUAUGAUCCAUUUGCAGUUAGUUCACUUAUCUGCUUGUACUUUGGCAUCUCAGACCCUGAUUCAGCUAGAAGGGUUUUUGACUCCGUGACAGAGAGAAACACAGAAAUAUGGAAUUCUAUGAUCAGUGGAUACAUACAAAACGAUUAUCCUGACGAAGCCCUUGAAUUUUUCCUUCAGCUUCUGGUCUCUGAACAAAGGCCUGAUGCAGUUACCGUCCUUGGUGCUGUUAUGGCUGUUUCUCAAUUACAGCAGUCAGAAUUUUGUCCACAAAUUCAUGCGUAUGCCUUAAAAGCGUCUGCUGGUUUACCUUUGAUUGUGUCAAAUGCGCUUCUGGCGAUGUAUUCACGAUGUAACUGUUUGGAUAUUGCAUGCGAUUUUUUCAGUAAGAUGAUCAAUAAGGAUCUCGUUUCUUGGAAUACCAUGAUUUCUGCAUUUGUGCAGAAUGGUUUGAAUAUGGAGGCUAUCAAACUCAUUCAUCAGAUGCAAAAGCUGGGUCUCGUUUUUGAUUCUGUAACUGUAACUCUUCUGGCUUCCCUAUGUUCAAAUCUGGGUGAUCCAAGAAUGGCUAUGCAGACUCAUGCUUAUAUGUUCAGGCAUGGGAUAUAUUUUGAAGGGAUGGAGGGUUAUCUUGUUGACAUGUACGUGAAAUCUGGACACGUCGAAACUGCUAGGAAAGUUUUUGAAAGGGUAAAAACGAAGGAUCAGGUGCUGUGGAAUGCCAUGACCGCUGGAUAUACACAAAAUGGACUGAGCAGCGAGGCCUUUAAAACUUUUCAAGAAAUGCUAGAGCAGAAACAGAGACCAAAUUCUGUGACACUAUCUUCCAUUCUGCCGGCAUGCAAUGCAAGUUCUGCUGUCUCUCGGGGGAAGGAGCUUCAUUGCUUUGCAAUUCAUCAUGAACUAGACAACAACGUCUUCGUUGACACGGCACUGGUUGACAUGUAUGCUAAAUGUGGAUUGGUGGCCUCAGCAGUUAAUGUGUUCAACAGGAUGCAGGAGAGGAAUUCGGUCUCAUACACCACCAUGAUUUCUUGUUACGGCCUUCAUGGUCGUGGGCUGAAUGCUUUGGAAUUGUUUCAGGAAAUGCUUGGCGCUGGCAUGAAGCCUGAUCAUGUGACUAUUCUAGCAGUCCUAUCUGCAUGCAGCCAGAGCGGACUGGUUGAGGAGGGACUAAGAAUCUUUCAUUCAAUGGCAGAUGAUUUUGGCAUCACACCUUCUUUCGAACAUUGUUGCUGUGUUGUUGAUAUGUUAGGAAAGGCUGGGAUGGUGGAGGAGGCUUACGGCUUUUUGAGGGGAAUGGAAGAGAAGGUUAGUAAUGCAAAACUAUGGGGAACUCUGCUUAAUGCCUGCCGAAUCCAUGGGAGGUUCAAGUUGGGAAAUCUGGUAGCUGACAGGCUUUUUCAGAUAGAGAAUGGGAUAGCUGGUUAUCAUGUCCUCCUGUCACACAUCUAUGCUGCAGAGGGAAGAUGGGACAGUGUCGACAACUUGAGGAAGGCUAUGAGGGAGAUGGGACUGAGAAAGGAGACCGGAAAGAGUUGGAUUGAUGUCUGCCGUGUAGUGUAUUGUUUCACAGCCAGAGAUCAAAAUCACCAACAGCAGGAGGAGAUUCAUACCAUGUUAGAUAUGUUGUUGCAGAACAUGAAGGCUGAAGGUUAUGAACCGAUGGUCGACCACAUUACGGAUGAUAUCUUGGCAGUGGAGUGUGGAUGAUGUUUCACCAAAGGCAAGGGCUAUUAAUUCCUGAAAGGUAAGGUGCUUGCAGAUGCCCCCCCUACCAUUUCUGCCGAAGCAUCGAGACCAUUCAAGUGGUGAAGAUUCUGACGGUAUGAACCUUAAAUUCUAUUAACGCGCAAGUCCCUCCUGUGGAAUAAGGUGAUCCUGACCUGGUGCGGCUGCAAGCCUGCAAUUCAUGCUGAAAGUGCCUUCAUCCAUUUUCAAGCGUCCAUGAUGUGCUUGUUACCUCAAAAAGUAAGGACAGGAGGGAUCCUGGUUUUCAGUAAGGAGAAGAAUCUCAUAAAGUUGGAAUCCAAUUAGAGAUUUGAUUGAUCUGAGUGCAAUACGUCGAAUGCUAAGUUGAAUCUGAUUGUCUUAAGACGGUACGAAAUAUGCACUCUCAUAUGCACAUAUGACACAGAUUAGGCUGGACCCCCGUGGUAUAUCUAAGCCAGUUUUAAAGAGAGAGCACAAAAAAUACUUGUUUCUUUUUUCUGUUGUAACAAUAAUUCCUUGAUUUUUCUUCUUGUAUCUAUUGUAACAAUAGUUCAUUGAUUUUA